AUGGUGUUUGUUCCACAGCAGGCUAACGGCUACAGACGGAAAAUCCGGUGCGAUGGCCCGCUGGCUGGCCGCGGGACUGGCGAGUCUGAGUGCACGCAUUGCCGUGACAACCAGUUCAAGUGCACCUAUGUCGACGAGCCAGCACGCAAGGGUCCGCCGAGGGGGUACAUUACCGCGCUGCAAGAACGGUGCUCGCGCCUCGAAAACCUCGUCCGCCAACUGCACCCGGGCGUGGACAUUGUCUCCUUUGUGGGACCAGCGUUUGCCAUCGAUGGAUUCGAUGCCGAUGCGCAUGCGACGGCGCUGCGUGCGCACAACAUUCCGCCGUUCCCUUCCUUCAAGCGUUUCAUCUACAACCCCAACAACCCACCCACCUCGGCGUCAUUGGCCUCGUCAUUGGCCUCCCCCGCAUCCGUAUCAGCCGCCAACGCCGCCGGGCGAGCCGUCGGGCCAGUGGGAAUGGGCCUGAGAUCCGGCGGUGCCGGGGGGGUCGUGGCGCCAUCCUUGAUGGCCACCUCCUCAGCCCCGGCGCCACCGACCGCCUUUCCAGGGUCGACGAGCGUGCCACCUUCCGCAGACCGCGAGGCCACCACCAUGGGCUCGGACUCGCCGGGCAUGUAUGCGGCUGCGGACACGACCCACCAUGCCGUGCACGCUCACGCCCACGCCUACGGCGCCAACACUGCUGCUCCUGCUGCUCCUGCUGCUGCCGCGUACGCCUAUGGCUAUGGCUCGGACCUCGGUCUGGCCGCAAAGGUCGACCCGUACGCCGCCCAGCCGCCGCCACUUUCAACGUCCUCGUCCACCGUCAUGCCGUCGGCCUCUCCGUCGGCUGUAAAGGCGUUACGGGGGGACCUCGACACGCCGCAGUUCUACGGCAAGGCGGCUACCCAUAACCUGAUGCAUGCGCUCAACCACGGCGGUGACGUCGGCUUUGCUCGUGAGCUCGACAAAAUGAAACGCCCCCGCAUCUGGAAGGUACCCGAGUGGGAGGUCGUGGUGGUCACGGAAGGCCGCCAGCCGGUCGACUAUGGAGUGUGGCCCGAAGACGACCAGGCCGCUCUCCUGAUCGACGCCUACUUUUCUCGCGUCAACGCCGUCUUCCCACUUCUUCUGGCGCCUCUGUUCCGCCGCCAAUAUUUCCAGCGGCUCUAUGUCGGCGACGUCGAGUUCGCCAAAGUGUGCUUGAUGGUGUUUGCCAACGGUGCACGCUUUGUGUCUGGAUCAGGCUCUGGUGGCUCUGGUCCUGGGUCCGGUAACGCCCGCUUUGCUCAGUGGCGCGAGUCGAGUGACCAGUUCUCCGUCGGCUGGAAGUACCUCCGAGCUCUUGUUCGAGCGGGCACGAGCCUCCGCAAGACGCCCACUCUGUUCUCUCUCCAGGCCACAGCCCUUGUUGGCUUUUUCCUUCGUGGAAACGCCAACCCGAGCACCAUCUGGGCUGUGGCGGGUGACGCCUUGCGGGCCUGUCAAGAGCUUGGCAUUCAUGUCGACAACGGUCCCGGAAACACUCUUGCCGAAAGGCAGGAGCGCCAGCUGUUCUCUCGCGCGUUCUGGUGUCUUUACCACCUGGACCGGUCAAUGUGUGUCAUUCUCGGUCGCGCAGUGGCACUGCCCGACUCGGAGGUCAGCUGCCCGCUCCCGCUUGCCGUCGACGAUGAGUACUGGGACGUGGACCUUGAGCAGCCUAGGGGCCAACCCUCAACAGUGUCGGCGUUUAUCCACAGCCUUGCUCUCGACCGGAUCGUGAGUAAUGCCGUCGAGACGCUCCCGCACGACACGGCGUACAACCAGCCGUCGUCGACAACUAUUCAGCUUGCCGCCUCGCUCAACGCCUGGUACAACAACCUCCCUGCCGACCUUCAAUGGGACCCGACGGCCCCAGAGGCCACCGUCCUCCGCCUCUCUCACCUCCAUGCCCGAUACCACUGGGCCCGAAUCUACAUUCACUAUGCUAGCGUCUCGGCUGGCGAGUGGAUGUCGCCUCCUUCGCUCGAGGUGUCCCUCGACUCGGCCCGCGUCAUCUUUGACAUCUGCAGUACGCUCCUGCAGCACCCUCUGCAAGGCCAGGGUUGUCCCAUCAGGUUCGAGUUUAUCGACUACGCCUGGCUCGCGGCUGCCAUCACCCUCGUGGCGAUCAACACUGGCGCUCUCCAGCCCAACGACCAUGACGCAGCCAUGGGUGGCGUCAGCACGUGCAUCGCCACCUUGCAGCAGAUGGAGGUCGUGUCCCGCAAGGCCGGGCAGAUUGCCGACUUGCUCAGUGUCAUGGCUCGCAGUGUCGCUACGCAAGCGCAGACCCAGACCCAGUCUCACGUUCAGCCGCCUACACCGCCGGCGGUCCGGCCCCAGAUCACCAUUCCCGGACCGAUGCCUCAUCCCACCGCGCAAGGAGCCAUGAGUGCGGGCAUGAGCGCAAGCAUGAGCGCGACGGGCAGCGGCGAGAUAUCGACACCGGUGUCACAUCGCAGUGUCGAGGCGUUUCCUACCCCCGAGGCCUUCCCCUUCCUCAGGUCGCCAGACGGCAGCGACCUCGGCCCCGCGCUGUACUACGACGUCUCCCAACAGCACCUUGCUCCCCCCGGCACUGGCGGCAGUACGGGCAGCGGCGGGGUACAGGGCAUGCCGCCGCCUACCGUCCCCUCGGUUCAACCAUCGGCAGUGUCGCCCGACUCGUACCACACCCUCCCGCAGCAGCAUUACCACCCCCACCAGCAGUACACCGAGUACUACGAGCAAGGGUAUUACCCAGCCGACCAGCAGCAACACCACCACCACCAGCCGCGUGUCCCGGUAGGCAUGCCGUUCGGUGGACCGGCGCUCCAGCAGCAUCCCGCCCGUCCAGGGGACGAGCGGUGGGGCAUGAUCUCUCCCCAAUACGUUCCGGGAAUGGACCCCAGCGGCCAGCCCACGCAUAACCCCCACCCGGGGGAAGGGUACAUGGGCGCCCCACCACCUUUCCAGCGCUGA